AUGACACUAAGGAAGGUUGCAUCCAAAUUUUCUAUUGCAAGCAACGCCUAUACAGAACCUGUCACCCGUAGUCGUUCUAAGGGGAUCAUCCAGGAGCAAGAUCAAGGUUCUGUCAUCGCACAGAGCAUCCUUAAGCAACUGAUGGAAUCUCCUAAAGGUGAGAUCAUCAUUAGAGAAAAUCAUUUGUUCGACCACUCUACUUCUGCUUCUAAUCUAUCAAAGCAAGAAUCAGACCUUGUAGUGUCUUUCAUGAUGACCGAUGUAACUAUUGAGGCCGCCAUGGCAAAGAUGGAGAGAAAAAUAAAUUUCCUAAUGAAAGCUGUCAAGGAGCGAUAUCAUGAAAUUUCUGCCUCAAGAGAUCAAAUGAAAGUUUGUGAAACUACUGAGUCGAGCAAAACUCUUGCUACCAAAGCUAAUGAUAAAGGAAAAGUUGUGUUGAUCAAGGGUAGACCAACUAGUCAGGCAGUUCAUUCGAAGCUUGGAAGGGAAUGCUUCCUAGUGGUAUACCAAUCAUCUGGAGCCAGAAGGCUGUGGUUCUUCUGGAGUAAAGGGUUCGAGGAAAAAAGCAUCUCGAAAUGUUCACAAAAGUGCAAACAGCUUGAAGGCAUGCCUUAAGAAAUCGCCUCUCAAAACUGGGAUUACUUGAAAAAUAUUGGAAUUCAUGAGAGACAGCUCCGUCAUAUGUUUUCCAAGUAUCCCAAGAUUCUUACUAUUUGUCUUAAUGGAUAGCUUGUUCUCAUGGUCGAGUGCCUUGCCACUCUGGGUAGUCACCCCCAUGAAUUUGCUUCGGCCGUUGCCCAAUUUCCUUACAUGCUUUUUCAUAGCAUGGAGGACAAGCUUUGCCCACGUUUGGCUUUUUUCCAAGCAUUGGAUAUCCCUGAGAAGCUGCUUGGGAAGAUGAUUUUGCUCAAUCCCAGGCUUAUUAGAUACAGCAUUGUGCCGAAACUUACUGAGAUUGUGGACUUUCAUGCUAAUUUCGGCCUUGAUAAGCAAGGCUUAAUUGACAAAGUUUUGGUAAAAUAUCCAUUUCUUAUGGGGUAUAGUGUCGAUAAAACGCUACGUCCCACAUUAAAAUUUUUUAAAUCUAUAGGUUUGAAGGAUGUAGAUCUUCAAGCAAUUGCAGGUGGCUAUCCUGAGGUUUUAUGUAGGGAUGCUAACAAAGUUUUGACACCCAAUUUUGAUUUCCUGAAGAACUGUGGAUUUCGAGAUGCGCAGAUUGUAGCCCUGGUGGCCGGUUAUCCUCCUAUUUUGAUUAAGAGUAUCGAACAUUCUAUAGAACCACAGAUUAAUUUCUUGAUAGUUGAAGAAGUUGCUGGUUAUCCGGACUUCUUUCGACAUGGUUUGAAGAAGAGGCUAGAAUUACGACACAAAAUUUUGAAACAAAACAAUACCAAGUGUAGUUUAAGUGAAAUGUUGGAUCGUAAUCAGAAGAAGUUCUUAAUGAAGUUUGGUAUGUUAGAUUGUCAUUCUACAACACUCUUGAUUUUUUCCCCUGCUCCUCCCUUAUCCCGGAUCAUAAUUAGCUUGUUUGCACUAUAUUAGUUUGAUUAUAUAAUGAGAAAUUGUCCACUGUAUGCUACCUCGGACAGUUAAUUUCUUUCAAAUUGAGCUGUAUAUAAUUUUUUUUCUGCCCAUACUUAUUUUGCAUUUUUUCUUUGUAUUUACAACAAUGGUUGCACUUCGGGAUUUUUGUUGGCCUCAUUUAACUUGGUGUGAGCAAUAAUAUUUGAAGUUCUGUCUUUUGCUCAAAUAGUUCAGUUUGAACUUGGGACUUAUUAUAUUAGUUGCGUUGUUAUCGUAUUCAUUUCAAGCAUUUAUGUAGUCUGUUGGUCAAGUUAUUGUUUAGUAUAAAAUCUAUCAUGGUGGGUUCUGUGACAUAAAUAGUUAAUGCAUAGUUAACAAAUGUGAUAAUUAUCUCUUCUUUGUGGUGGAUAGAGAUUGUAGAAGAAAGGCAAAAGAUCUCUCAGCUAUCAAUUCUGUCCAUUCUUUACAUAUGCCUUUAAAUUGUUGAUUGUUCGAACUGUAUUUACUCUAGUAAAUAUGUUUUUGGCUGCUGAGAUAUCCAAGUUCGUGGAGUUUAUAUGUUCCCUACGGACAAGACAAGUAGUUACAUAUGACCAAAAUGAAGUUUAGUUUUCAGUAUUCAAGAUCACCAUUCUCAAUUAUAUUCUCCUUGGCAGAAAUAGAAUUGGAAAAAUAUGCUUGAAAGUAGUUCCUAUUCUUCUGCACGGACCUGAGAAUUGUGAACAGAAUUUUGUUUACUUGAUACUGCACUUUCCCUUUUCAUAAUGACGUUAGACAUUUUCUAGAGUUCUUUUAUCUGCAUACACACAUUACACACGACAUUAUUUACUCAGACUAAUGCAUGAACAAACAUAUUCACUCAUAGAACAAUUAUUUUAACCUGAAGACCCCUAACCUACAAACAUUAUUAGUAAUUUACAAAUAAAAUCAAGAAUACAUGAUAUUCAACAUUAGCAUGAUUGUUUGUAUUUUCCCUCAUCUUACUUUGAUAUGAUGCCACCAAUUACAGCUGCUACUAUAGCUGUAGGGUCCCCCAAAAUGGCGGAGAUAAUGGCACGAGCUGCAGUACCAGCCAUCUGACCAUACUUCUUAACCGUUCCUCUUGCCCCAGGACGAUUUUGCAGUGAUCCCUUGAGGCUUGGGAUAGAAGUAUGCAUUUGCCUAACCUUAUUCUUAUCCACAUUGAAAUAUAUGGCUUGCCAGCUUUCCACCAGCAUCUCUUUCACACAUGACAGAUGAAGGUUAUAAGUUUUGCACUGCGACCUGUACGACCAACCGAGUCCCUUCCCUCCACAGCUAUGGCAUGAGCUUGAGAGCUUGUUACACAGGUAAAGAUUGUGUUUACCAUCAUCAAGGACUUGUGGGAGGUUUGCACAACAAGGAUGGAGAUCGAAGUCACAACUAUUGCAGUGGUACACAAAUCCAUGAACAUAAGUUCUACAUGCAUCACACACUCGCUUUCCUUUGCCAGGGGGAUAAUAGUAUAAUUUAAAUUCACAUUUUUCAUAGAAAGGAUGGGUGAUUCUGGGGGCACCAACGGCACAAACCUUGUGCAAGUUGAAUCCACAUUGUUGGCACUUGUAUUUGUAGCCAAUACCAGCUUCCUUGCACCCAUCACAGUUGUAGGGGAUCUCAGUGUACUCGAGCCUCAGUUUGUGUCGUGGGUGCAUCAGGUGAGUUAUCUCUCUCUCUAUCUUCAUGUUUUAUGUUUUGCUUUUGCUUUUUGUUGUUUUUCUUUUACUGUUGCAUUUUUGUUUCAUAUAUUCAACUUGUAAGGAGAGUUUGUAUUUAUAAGAAGGUGAAUUGGUAGCUACAAAUUCAUUCUGAUUGGCUUGUUUUGGAACACCUUGUAGGUAGAUGCUUUGCUUAGCCUUUACGAUCAGAGAAUAUCUUUUUUCAGUUGACAUAUGAAGUAAUUUGUUGGGGGAUCCAAAAAAGGGGAAAGGCUUAUUGUUGAUAAUAGAGAUGCUAUGAAAAGGAAGGAACUAUUGAUGGUCUUUCCCUUACCAUAGAAGGCAAAUAAAGGCAGGAGUGUCCCACAGAAUCUGAGCUACUAAAUGAAAAGGAGGUAAUGUCUUUUUUUUAUUCUAGCCAUUUAUUGUCAAACCAAAAGAAUUGAGCAAAUAAUGGAUCCAUCAGUUGGGGUUUUGGUGCCUUACGUAAACAAAACAAAAAGAAUUAGAAUAUUCUUGAUUAGACCAUUGUCUAUUGUUUUUUCUUGAA